GAUAGCGGCGGCCCGCUUAUGCUGCGGAGAGGCGACGGUCGCUGGCUUCAGGUGGGCGUGGUCUCCUGGGGCAUCGGCUGCGGUCGGCCGGGAUACCCGGGCAUCUACACGCGUGUUUCUAGAUACACGCAGUUCAUCCGGAACGUGACCAAGGGCAGGCUGUGCAGCCAGGCUGACGACACCCGCACUCUGGAACUGGACAACGCCAUCAGACCGCUCAGGAAGCCGAACCUCAACUCUUGCGGGGUGGCUGGUCGCUAUGGGCACGGCCGCAUCGUCGGCGGGUCUCAGGUCUUCGCCCACAAGUUUCCAUGGCUGGCUGCUGUCAUGUUUCGCGGCAACCUGUCUGGCUCCGCGGCCUACAUCGGCAACGGCUUCGUGCUCACGGCAGCAGGGGUCAUCGGAAACGAGGCGUUGAUGCACCCUGAGCGCCUGCAGGUCCUUUUAGGCGUCCACGACCUGAGCCGACCGCAGCAGCACAGCGUGGCGCACAACGUGAGCCGUGUACUGGUGCAUCCGGGCUACAAGCACCCGUACUACGACGCCGCACUGCUUCGGCUCAGGGGCGUGACGUCUGACGACGGAGGCGCCGACCACGUGCGCCCCAUCUGCCUGCCCCAGACGACGGACCGAUACAUGCCCGAACCAAGACGCUCGUGGCCGGAUGGGGGCGCGUGCACACUUACGGGCCACUCAGCUCGACUCCCAACGAAGUCUACGUGAACGUGGUGCGAAGCGAGGAAUGCAGCCACCGCUACAACGGAAGUUCGGUGCAGGGGCUCAUCUGCGCCGGCGCCAAAGGAAGGGACAUCUGCGAUGGCGACGCCGGUGGCCCCCUGAUGCAGUUCUACGCAGGCCGCUACUACGCGGCCGCCAUCGCCGGCUCCGGCCUGGCGGGAGGCUGUGCGCAGGAGGGCGUGCCGGCCGUCUUCACCCGCGUCGGUGUACUGCUCAAGUGGAUACAGAAGAGCACGGGCCUGUUGACGCUCUAGCGCCGAUAGACGCCGACUGCCAUUCAUGUGCAGGCUCGUCUUUCCUAGGCCUUCUCCCACAGGUCACCUCGCUACGCUUGGCACACUUGAAAUGGACCCUACAGAGACACAUUGUGUUCUUUGCGCCUUCGGAAUCGUGAAUGUCAGAGUUUCAACGUAAUCAGAGGCUUUUUCAAAAACAACAAAAA